GUCAAGCCUGCCCCCUUUCUUCUCUGUGUGGCUCAUUUUGCGCCAUUUUGUCCGCACCACUGUGUUGAUUGGGUUUUUGAGAUCUGUAGUGGAGCCAAUCAGAAGGGUACCGGACAACCGGAGAAACGGUGAGGAAGGAGAGAUGGAGCAAUAUACUGCUACAACCAGUGGAGAUCAGAUAGUAGUGCAUGCUGCCAAUGGACAAAUCCAGCAGCAGGCUCAGGGCACCGUAACAGCUGUACAGCUGCAAACAGAAGCACCCGUGGCUACAGCUGCAGGCCAGCAAGUGCAGACGCUCCAGGUAGUCCAGGGUCAGCCGCUGAUGGUCCAGGUGAGUGGCGGGCAGCUGAUUACAUCCUCAGGUCAGCCCAUCAUGGUACAGGCCAUGUCUGGAGCUCAGGGCCAGACGAUCAUGCAGGUGCCUGUGUCUGGAGCUCAAGGCCUUCAGCAGAUCCAGUUGCUUCAGCCGGGUCAGAUUCAGCUGCAGGGAGGUCAAACUCUGCAGCUGCAGGGUCAGCAGGGUCAGGCUCAACAGAUCAUCAUACAGCAGCCUCAGACUGCCAUUACUGCCGGCCAGAACCAGGGGCAGCAGAUUACAGUUCAGGGACAGCAGGUUGCCCAAACAGCUGAAGGACAAACUAUUGUGUACCAGCCUGUGAAUGCUGAUGGCACAGUUCUGCAGCAGGGCAUGAUCACCAUCCCAGCAGGCACCCUGGCAGGCACUCAGAUUGUCCAGGCAGCAGGGGCUGCUAACACCUCCACAAACAACAGCGGGCAGGGCACAGUUACCGUUACCCUGCCAGUAUCUGGAAACAUGGUGAACGCUGGGGGAAUGGUCAUGGUAAGACCUCCUGAUGAGAUGGUGCCUGGUAGUGGUGCUGUGCCAGCCAUCCAACGAAUCCCUCUGCCAGGGGCCGAGAUGCUCGAAGAGGAGCCGCUGUAUGUUAACGCCAAGCAAUAUCAUCGUAUCUUAAAGAGACGCCAAGCUCGUGCCAAGUUAGAGGCAGAGGGCAAGAUCCCUAAAGAAAGAAGAAAAUAUCUUCACGAGUCACGGCACAAACAUGCCAUGCAGCGGAAGCGUGGUGAUGGGGGACGGUUCUUUUCACCGAAAGAGAAAGAAGAAAUGGCCUUGGCCAUGCAGGAGCAACAGGACCAGAACCAGACCGGAGAUGAGGCCGUGGCACAGAUGAUCCGGGUGUCAUAGCACUAGAACUUCUACUGUUUUUUUUUUAGUGACUCUGAAGGCCUACAUUUUCACCAUUGUGAAUCACUGUCUCCAAAGAAACACUAAAAGUCAGUCCUAAUUCAUCAUGGCCUGUGUUCCUCCCUCUUCCACUAAAAGAAGGGGCCCAUCUGAUUUCGCUCUUUGGUCUUGUAUUUCUCCAGAGGAUACACAUAGAGCCAUUACUGUUAAUGUGCAGCGUAAUGAAUUCAGCUUGUGGUUUAAAAAGCAAUUAAAUAGCAAAGCAUAAAUUGGUGAUCAGCCCAUAGAGAGAGAGAGAGAAUACGCAGUUAGUAAUGAGGUGGCAGUAGAACAAACUAAAUUUUGGCAAUGAAUUGAGUGAAGACCAAGGCGAGCUGUUUGAUUUUCUACUUUUUUAACAUCAUGGACAGUUCUUGUCAGGUUUAUGAACUUAUAAAUGGAAAGUUACAUGGAAAUGACAUAGGUUUAUCUCUUACAAGCUAAUUGUGGUGUUGUUAAGCAUGUUGUAGAUGUUUGGCAUGGGGAAAGUGGCACUGGGAAAACAAUACAGACUAAAAAGGGCAAGAUUUUUCGGAAAUCAGCCCUCAUCACCAAGGAAACAUCGGGUGUAUAAUGUGUUCUUGUUUUCCAAGCUUUUAAUACAGAUUUCACCCGUAUUAUGAAGUCCUUUUACAUUAGUGUUUUGAUAUAAAAUUCAUUUGUAAUUUGAGUGAGGUUUGUGUAUCCAGUCACUGUCUUCCUGGCUAAUCUAGUUCCUACAUGGAAAGUUCAUGUGAAUGGAGUUAUGUUGGAUAUUGAAGUCGUCUAAGCUGUAUUUUGAUAAAAAUUUUGUGUGAAACGCAUUGUGAAA